GAGUCAGAGCGGUUGGAAGGGAGGUGUGUGUUUAGGGAGAGGUUGCUUUAAUAGAUUGUGUGUGUUUCUAGCAGUCAGACAGGUGUGCUGCAGACUCGCACCACCGUUAUUUGUCAGCGCAUGCGUCAAUCCCCAGGUUCCUGCUCAACAACUUUUGACUUCUAUGUUAUCUGGUGAGGUGGGUCCCACCACCUGAGCUCCGUCUCUCUCUCUCUCUCUCUCCCUUCCCUCUCAGAUCGGGCAGAGAGGGAAACUGACAGAGGACAGCCUUGCCUCCUGAGAGAGACAAAGAUGGUGACCGGAGCCUCGUUUCUCUUUUAAAUCGCACAGGUGCCUCUGCUUCCUUGAGUGAUUACACUUCAAAGCAACACACACACACACGCACAAAGUCCUUUAUCUUGAAGCGUCUUGAACCUGUUCGGAUACAAGAUGCCUAGAGCGUUUCUGGUGAAGACUCGGAAUGAAAAUGCAAAGGUUCGGAGUUGGGGAGAAAUUCCUGAUGAGAUGAGGGCGGAUAUUUACAUCCCGCACCCCCUGGAUAUUAUACAAUACAAAGAGUCCAAAAUCUACGAGGCUCCCCUAUGUUUGUCAGCAGAGGAGAACAUAGAGAAGGAAUCUGCAUAUGACACAGACUCCAGUACAUCUGUACAAGAUAUUGAAAAUGGAAUCCACCACAACAUCCACCAGGGAUUCAUUCGCUCCAAGAUUAAGAUCACGCGGGGAGAAUGUACGGAUGAGAGUUAUACCUGCCACUUCUGUCAGAAGACCUUUCAGUACCAGCGCAUGCUGAACAGGCACCUCAAGUGCCACAAUGAUGUCAAACGUCACCUAUGCAACUUCUGUGGGAAAGGCUUCAAUGACACGUUCGACCUGAAGAGACACGUCCGAACACACACGGGAAUCCGUCCCUAUAAAUGCCACCUCUGUGAUAAGGCCUUCACUCAGCGCUGCUCACUGGAGUCGCACCUCAAGAAGAUCCACAGUGUCCACCAGUCUUACGCCUACAAGGAGCGGCGCACAAAGCUCUACGUGUGUGAGGAUUGUGGCUUUACAGCCGAAAGCCAAGACGGGCACAUUGUCCACGUGAAGGAAAUGCACCCAAACAGCCCGCUGCUGCGAAAAUCCUCAAAGCGGGUGGCGGCCGUGAUGGAGAGCACCUUCAGCUCACUGCUGGACAGCAAGAGCCCAUAAUCCCCAAUCCCGCCCGCUGUCAUCGCAACUUACCACCUGCCGACAAGCCUGUCAAUCGGGGUCCUCUGAAAACCAUCAUGCAGGGCGCCAGCUUGCAGAUCCACCGACCGGUGUACCUCGGCAGGACUGACAUCGUAUUUGCACUUCUGAAAUUAUCCCCAAAACCUACGUCCACCCAAUCUCUCUCCAGCUUGCACUCCCGCUGGGGUACAGAGUUCCACAGCCAGUCACUCGCUCGGGUGUCACCAGAACGCGAGGAGGCCAUUCAGCCCUUCCAAACCUGUCCUGAUGCUUACAACGACCAGAGCUGAUCUUUGCCUCAUCUCCCACCUCAGUUCUGUGAUCUCUACCCCAGCAACAAUCCAUUUUGAAGUCUCCCUUACGCAAACCCAGGCCUCAGCAGCCAGGGAGGGCAGUGAGCUCCAGGUUUCCAUGUCAGCCCACGUGAGCUAUUCGACUGCAUGGGCAUUGCUGCCCAAUCCUGCCCUCGCCUAGCAACUCCCCAUUUGAGGGACGAGUCACUGGUUCAUUGACCCACUGAUUGUUAAGAUACUGAGACACGACCGAGAUCAGCUUUAACCCACAACAGGCCGGAGUCGGGGGAAACUACAUCCUAUCAGAGCCUGGUCAAACCCGGGAGGCAAAAUGCACUUUUCCUUAAAUGGAGAAAUAUGCAAAAUAAUAUACAUUCUUUAUCUUAUUGCUGCCUUGAAAAAUGUGCAAAAAAUGUCGUGGGGUGAUUUGUAUAAUUGUUUUAAGUACCCUGGACGCCACUCCCUGCUUGUAAUAUAAUUGUUGGGAUUAUAGUUUGGGAUAAUCAUGUAUCAGGUUUUUAUGCUCUUCCAUUAACACUUGAAGUUACGACAACUUGCAAGAGGUUUUUUAUAAACUGUGUAUAGGAGGAAUUGAUAGUUUACAAUACAGGUAUUUUACUGAGAUAGUUCUUUGCGAGGAAUGAAGCAACUCCAUAUCAGACACCCGCUGUCCCAUCAAACACUCCCAGCACAUGUACAGCACGUGGUUAGAUACAGAGUAAAGCUCCCUCUACACUGUCCCCAUCAAACACUCCCAGGACAGGUACAGCACGGGGUUAGAUACAGAGUAAAGCUCCCUCUACACUGUCCCCAUCAAACACUCCCAGGACAGGUACAGCACGGGGUUAGAUACAGGGUAAAGCUCCCACCUGAGAGGGUUAUUUCUUUGUUUCAGAAAAUUCUGAAAUUUGACCUUGAAUGGGGUGGGAAUGGAGGACAAGGAGCGAUCUCAGAGGAACUGAAGCUUAUAAGCUUAUGGGAAACCAGGAUUUAAGGCUUCAAGCUGAAUUUGGGACACCUAAAUAAAUUGCUCUUCGCAAUAGAACAAAAGAGUCAAAUGGUUUCAGGCACAGUUCCAAUUUUUAAAAUGUAUCAAACUGAAUUUUAGUUUCCCAAGAACCCUCCCUAUCUCUGUAACCUCCUCCAGCCCCUACAACACUCCCUAUCUCUGUAACCUCCUCCAGCCCCUAAAACCCUCCCUAUCUCUGUAACCUCCUCCAGCCCCUACAACCCUCCC